UUGUGUCCACGCUGCUCUAGUCCUCACGAUCACUCGUCUUCUCUUAACACAUUUUGAGGAAGGAUAGAAAGUCAACGUCCUCCGUCCAGCCGUCCAGCCGUCCAGCCGUCUCUCCAUCCAUACAUCAUCCACCAACCUUUGGGAUUUUGGACGACAGACGAGGAUAAAGACAGCAGUGUAAUGUCUGUGUAUCCAUGUGUGUGAGUGUAUCUGUGAGUGUGUGUGAUUGAGUGUGUGUGUGUGUGUGUGUGUGUGCAUGUGUGUGAGUGUAUGAGUGUGUGAGUGCACUCACCCUGAAAGGAAACACGCUCUCAGUCUGGUGAAUGGAUGAAGACAGACAGAUCCAAACUGGAGCGCAAUAAACGAGUGAAAAAACGGAGGCGGACUGGGAAAGAGUCCCUCCAUCAACACCAUCCGAGAGAGAGAGCGAGUUCUCGCUCCAGCACCAGGACGAUGUCUCCGAAGGACAGCAAACCCAAAAAGCCACCAAAAGACAGUAUGACCUUACUGCCCUGCUUUUACUUUGUGGAGUUGCCCAUCGUCGCCUCUUCAAUGAUCUCUCUCUACUUCCUGGAGUUAACUGACGUCCUCCAGCCGGUUAAAUCCGGUUUCCGUUGUUAUGACCAGUCUCUGAGUAAACCGUACGUGGAGACGGGAGACGAGCUCAUCCCUCUUCUCAUGCUCCUGAGUCUCGCCUUCGCCGGGCCUGCUGCCUCGAUCAUGCUGGCUGAGGCUCUGAUGUACUGUAUGCAGUACAGAGUAAAGGUUCGAGGUUCUGAAGGCAGCAUCAACGCCAGCGGCUGCAGCUUUAACUCCUUCCUGCGCAGAACCGUGCGCUUUGUAGGUGUGCAUGUCUUUGGCUUAUGUUCUACAGCUCUAGUGACAGAUGUGAUCCAGCUGUGCACCGGGUAUCACGCUCCGUUCUUCCUCACCGUGUGUAAACCCAACUACACUCUGCCUGGUGUCUCCUGCCACAAAGACCCCUACAUCACUCAGGACAUCUGUUCAGGACGCGACCAUUACGCUAUCCAGUCCGCUAGGAAAACUUUCCCAUCCCAGCAUGCAACGCUCUCUGGCUUCGCUGCUGUCUACAUCUCUAUGUACUUUAACGCCACCAUCUCGGACAGCACCAAGCUCCUGAAGCCCGUGCUGGUGUUCGUCUUCGCGAUAGCAGCCGCUCUGGCCAGUCUCACGCAGAUCACGCAGUACCGCAGCCAUCCCAUCGACGUCUACGUGGGCUUCGUCAUCGGAGCCGGAAUCGCUGUUUAUCUGGCGCUUUACGCUGUUGGAAAUUUCAAACCCACGAUGGAAUCAUCUCCUCGGCUCGUGAAGAAGCCUCCUCCACCUCAGAAAGAUGCUCUUCAUGCUUUAACCCAACGUGGUCAUGACUCAGUCUACCAGAAAGCUCACGCGUCCGAGAGCAACGAUGAGCUUGCGGCACCAGUGGACGUAGUCGGACUCAAUCGCAAAGUCCGCCGUGAGAAAGCCUCCAUGGGAAGUUUGAAACGAGCAAGUGCUGACGUGGAGCUCCUGGCACCCAGAAACCCGAUGGGGAAAGAGACCAUGCUGACUUUUAGCAACACGCUUCCCAGAGCUAGUGCUAAUGCCAACGGCAUUGAAGAACCUGCGCAGCGACACAUGACGUUUCACGUAGCUUCGUCCAAGCAACUGGUAUCCGAGUGGAAGCAGAAAUCUUUGGAAAUGCGGACUCUGAGCUUGAGGGAGGACGGCCAGCAGGGCAGCUCAAUUGAUGUAGUAGAAGAAACAAAUGAAGAGUCCAAGGAGAACUUGGAAAUGGAUUUGACAUCUUCAUUGUACCCUAGUGUUCAGGCUGCGGCAGCUUCCAGAGUCUCAAUUUCACAAAGACCUGGUGCUCCACAGCUGGUUCACAUCCCAGAAGAAGCUUCCAAACCUCCCCCAGUGUCUCCUAAAAGUGCAACAACUAGAGCAAAAUGGCUUUCCAUGAUGGAAAAAGGUCCGGUUCCAGCAGUAACACCAGAGCCACCUCGCCUUCCUAGCAAGCCUCUGGUCAUGCAAGCCCCAUCCACUCCGAAAUCGUCCGAGACCGCCUCAUCUUGCGCUACAUCAAGCGCUGCCUCAAGCACAGAGUCGCCAUAUUUCCGCAUGCCAUCUGAACGAGAUUCAUGCAGCAUAGUCACGGUUGAUGCCCAUGCGCCUCAUCACCCCGUCGUCCGUCUGUCUUCAGUGAGCUCCAACACCUGGGACUGGAGGAGCAGCACUAAUGGAGGCACAGAAAUCCAAGAAACCAGUAGAACCAUGCCCAGGAAGGAUUUCCGACAUGCUAAAACAGAUUCCUUCUGCUCUGAACCACCACCACACCCAGAUCUGGUGCCACAAUUCCACCGAAAACCUUCAAUGCCCACCAAGGAGUGGGAUCCUGGACAGCCGCAUCCUGAGCCAGACCAUUUCUUUAAGAACUUGCAUUUGGAACAACGAUAUAAAGAUGCAAACAUUUAAAAGAGAAAAACUAUGGGUGGGACUCAA